GUUCAUUGGCGCUCUCCCACACGAAGUGGCGAAUGGCCAUGUGUCCAACGUUGUAAGGCAUUCGCCACAUCGUGUGGGAGCGGUUUAAACGUGAGGUAAAAUGGACGAAGAUGCAUUGUUGGAAGUGUCUUCACAUCUUACAGUGGAAACCAUUCAGGAAAUUGUAAAGACCAUCAGUGGCUGCAAGAAUGUUAAGAUCAAUUUGCUGGAAACAGACAGUGGUGGAACAAGAAAAGGUGAUUCAUACCUAGGAGUAAUUUAUAGAUUUUUGGUGGCCUCCACUGGUGAGAUGGAAGAUGGAGAGAAGAAAGAUAUGCAAUCUCACAUCAUUGUGAAGGGUUUCCCGAAAAAUAAAACAAGACAACGCACAUUCCGAUCAGCUGAUUUUUUUGAAACCGAAAUUAUUUUUUAUGAAAAGGUGUGGCCCAUAUUAAAAACAUUGAAAGUAUCUAAAAAUAUACCUGAACCAGAUGAAGUUCCACAAAUGCUAGCAUGCUUUUGUAAUGGUGCAGAUGAUUUCGUUGCAAUGUUAGAUAUCAGUUAUGAUGGCUACAAAUCCAUCAGCAGACAAGAUAAAAUUACUAGACAACAUAUUUCUUUAUUACUGAAGUUACUCGCGCAUUUCCACGCACUGUCUAUAGCUGCCAAAGAUCAAGUACCUGGAUUUGUUGAUGUUGCAGCAUCGCUAAAGGAAACAUAUUUUGAGGAUCGUCUAAAAGACUGGUACAAUGGAUUCUUACAGAAUAAGAUGUAUUAUGUUAUUAGACAUGCUGUGGAACAAGAGUUAGGGGAUCAUUAUGUAGGCAAGGUUGACAAAUUCUUCCAAAGAGACUUGUAUGGAGAUUUAUGCAAAUUAGUGAAGCGGCAAAGCAAGCUUUCGGUGGUAACAGAAGGAGACUCAUGGCUACCGAAUUUCUUAGUAAAGGAAAAUGAAAAGGGUGUACCAGAAAAUGCUGUUUUGAUCGAUUUUCAACUAGCCAGAUAUGCAACAUUGACCAAUGAUUUGAUACACUUUCUGUUUGCUGGAGUUCCAGAACAGCUAGAAUCAAACUGGGAUGAGUUGAUAGAAGAGUACUACCGGUAUCUCUCAACUAGAAUAGAAGAAUUGGGUACUGGCAAAAAUGUAAUUUCAUUAACAGAUAUAAGAGAAGAUAUUGAAGAAAACGCUCGUGUUGGACUAACCAUGGCGAUGGAGUCGACUGUGAUGUCUUUAUUGAAUGACGAUGAGGUGGCUGACCUGGACGAUUUGACGGGUGAGCAUGUGCCCUUAGAAGCAGUAUGGAAUAUUUCCCCGUUCAAGGAUGCUGAGAGAAACAAAAGAAUCGCAUGUCUGAUCAAACACGCUGUAGACAAACAUUUGAUUAAAUAAACAAUCUUAUUAAAUGAGA